GCAGAUCUAUUGUGCCCAGUUCAGACUUUUUUUUCGGCUAUUGUGAGUAGCCAUGGCUCCAGUUCACGACUCUGGUGUUCCAUGGCACGUAAAAGCCGUGUGUUUAUUGACAGUGACUUCUUUGACGACUGCUUUGGUUAUUCUUAUGAGGUUGUCGAAAACGGAAGGAUCAGAGCCUUACGCUUCUUCUACGGCUGUUCUGAUCUCGGAAAUUAUCAAGUUAUUUGUUUCACUAAUCGCCCUCGGCGUGGAACGGAAGUCAUUGCUAGCCCUGAGCAAAUGUGUGUUCCGCGAAAUUUUGUGUGACCCGAAGGAAACCUGCAAGCUCAUGAUUCCUGCGGGUCUCUAUGCCCUGCAGAACAACCUGGUUUAUUUGGCGUUGACAAACCUUGAUGCAGCUACAUAUCAGAUUACGUACCAGCUAAAAAUACUGACGACUGCGUUGUUCGCAGUUAUACUGCUCAAAAAGCGAAUUACUAGACGUCAGUGGUUCUCUUUGGUGAUCCUCACUACUGGAGUUGCACUCGUUCAGCUUCGGACCGUGGAUUUCUCGUCUGAGGGUUCUCCGAAUACUAGGAACCAAAUCAUUGGCUUCACGUGCAUUUUGAUCAACAUAUUCACGAGUGGUAUAUCAGGAGUAUACUUCGAAUACCUGGUUAAAGUUGGUAGUGUGGAGAAAACCAGUGUGCCUUUGCGGAACUCGCAACUCGGGAUUUUUAGUGUAGCGAUUACCGCGAGCAUAGUUCUUUUACAUGACGGAGACUUCGUUGCGGAAUACGGCUUUUUUGCUGGCUAUACCCCGCUUGUGUGGUCCGUACCAAUCGUGAUGGCCGUAUCCGGGCUUUCCGUUGCUGUGACUUUGAAGUAUGCCGACAAUAUUCUCAAGGGCUUUGCUACGUCUAUAUCAAUCAUUCUCACUGCGAUACUUUCCCACUUCUGGCUCUCUGAUUUGGAGAUCAAUUUGCGGUUCGUGGCUGGAACAAUGCUGGUAUUGUGGGCUACUUUUGAAUACGGACUUCCGUCUACUGAUCCUAAGAUUCUGCCAAAAGCGGAGAAAUCCAUUCCGUGAUGUCGCAGCAUUCAUGGAUUAUUUGAUCUUUUAAGGGAACUAUCAUUCCAAAGUUUUUGUUGCGUGCUUUUCGACUGAUGAGUUCAAUUUGCUUGCGCUUCGAUUCUCUUGCGUCGCAAGCCGGAUCAAAAUUUGUGUGCCGAACUAUUAUUGUUGAGCUUUUGUUGUACGACGAAUUCGCAGUAUUUCACGGAAAGACACGUUUGCUUUUUGCUUGAUUUCAGAAUUGUUGUUGCGUUUAGUGUGUUUUGUUCAGUAUUAGAUCCCAACGAUUCACAACCUUUCGAAGUUCACGUUACCUUCGUGUAAAAAAAAAUGUUUGCGCUCUGAAAAUUUGCGCAUUUAAAAGCUUGCUUUACUGUCAGUAUCAUUGGUGAUUGAACAAAGUUUAAAUUUAUUUGUGACGAGAAGUUACAAUGGUUGGUCCGUAAGUUUUGCGAAUAUUCUGAUUAAAUCAAAGGUGGUUUUUCAACCCAUGCACAAACUUUCAGUGCUGUUGAAGCUGUCCGUGUAAAUUCCGAUUAAAUCCUAAAAAAAGAAACUAAGUGCUUUUAAGUUUAAUGCAGUCUACGCUUUUUGUGUUGCCUUCCCCAUCGCUAUUUUCAGUUCGGUAAAAAAAAAUUUAAUAUCUCAGGUGGCAGCAAUUACUGUACAGUACUGUACCUGCAUUUUGAAACUUAUGGACCGACCUUUGUGCAUCCAAAAAGUGACGUCAAGUUAUGCAGCUUCAGAAUUUUGUUCCAAAGUAUUCAGCUUGAGUUUUAACUUGUCGGGGACUGAGGUAAUUUAUUUUAUUUAGUUCGUUGAGACUAAAGAAGAGGAAUCGAAGUCUUCGUUAUACUUGAGGUGUAGGGCUGUGUGUCUCGCGGCACGAAUUAAUAUCGAGAAACGGUAUGUGAUUUCAGUGUCUUUAUUGACGGGGAAUGAAUUCAUGAUCAGCUUUGAAAUCCCUGAGUUGACCUGGGCCAGUUUUGAGGUGGGAUUGGGAACGAAAGUACGCGGCAUAUGCAUUCCGAGUGCGUUGAUUGCUCUUCGUUGUGGAUUGAAACAAAUGGAAAAUUUGUUCUAUUUCGAA